AUGGGGAAAGAUUACGAUGUGGAGCAAGCAGAGUGUCUUAUGAUUGUAGGGUUAUGGUGUGCUCAUCCUGAUAGUAACUCUAGACCUUGUAUAAAGCAAGCCAUUCAAGUCUUGAAUUUCGAGGCACCGUUACCUAAUCUGCCACAUAAAAUGCCAGUUGCAACGUACCAUGCUGUGCAUGCAGAUUCAUCGUCAACAUCAAGCUCGAGUGGAGUAGCAACUGCAACGUUUUCUAGUGCUCAACUUGGUCGCUGA